AGAUGAGCAAUGAACAAUCCACAUCCCGUGCUCGCCCGAACUAUGCGCCCUUAACCCAAACCGAGCGCAACAAUGAAGAUUCUGAAUGGGUGACACCUCACAUGGUUGCUAACGAUCAAGAUGUGCUCAACCAAAUCAAAAUCAUAAUUGGUGGACACUUUCUUGGCAACUGGGCGACGUACACGGAUGUUGAUCCCAAGGCUCGUGAACUUUGGUGGAACUUGUUCAAGGCGGGGCCUCAAAGGAAGAGGGUCCCUAUCCUCAGUGUAAUCAAACAUUGUUGGACGAAGAGCGGUGUUGAGUCGCCAGCCAAUCUACCACCCCGCCUUGCUGAAAUCGAAACAAAGUAUAACGCAAAUGUUGAAAAGAAGCGGGCGGAACUUGGCUUGACUCAAGAAGAUGACAUCGGUUCUGAUGUGGAAGAUGAUGCCAUCCUUGAGGCAACAGGGGUGUACAAGGGUCGGCUUCCAUGCCUCGGGGCUGAGGGGCAACGUAUUUUGUACGAUCGCAGCGGCAGCGGAGCUUCAUCAUCUUCUCAAUCUAGACGAGGAGAGGAUCCACGCAUUG